AAGGCCCUUACGGCUACAAGAGCGUGAUGACGAAAGACGCCCUCUCUUUGCCACUUCUCCUGCGAGGAUGAAGACCAUUCUCAGCAAUCAGACUGUCGACAUCCCCGAGAAUGUCGACAUCACCCUGAAGGGGCGCACAGUUAUUGUGAAGGGCCCCCGAGGCACCCUGCGGAGGGACUUCAACCACAUCAACGUAGAGCUCAGUCUUCUUGGAAAGAAAAAGAAGAGGCUGCGAGUUGACAAAUGGUGGGGAAACAGAAAGGAGCUGGCCACCGUGCGCACAAUCUGCAGCCAUGUACAGAACAUGAUCAAGGGUGUUACACUGGGCUUCCGUUACAAGAUGAGGUCUGUGUAUGCUCACUUCCCCAUCAACGUUGUUAUUCAGGAGAAUGGUUCUCUUGUCGAAAUCAGAAAUUUCUUGGGCGAAAAAUAUAUCCGCAGGGUUCGGAUGAGGUCAGGUGUUGCUUGUUCAGUAUCUCAGGCCCAGAAAGAUGAGUUGAUUCUGGAAGGAAAUGACAUUGAACUUGUAUCAAAUUCAGCUGCUUUAAUUCAGCAAGCCACAACAGUUAAAAACAAGGAUAUCAGAAAAUUUUUGGAUGGUAUCUAUGUUUCUGAAAAAGGAACAGUUCAGCAGGCUGAUGAAUAAGAUCUAAGUUGUCCAGCUGUAGAAACAACAGGAUGCCGAAUGAGUCCUCACAUUUACUUGUGAUGUUCCUUACAUUUGUUUGUGUAAGGAAUACAAAGAUGAAAUAAAAGCCGUGUAUUGAUUUGGGA